CACAGUUGCGUUUUAUAAACUAGAAAAUUGCAGUACAAUCACCGCUGUAAAGAUGUCGAGGAGAUUUCUAGAAGAAGAAAAGAAUCGACUCCGAGCGGAACAAGAGUACUUCCAACAAAGAGUACAAAAUCGAAGGCGAAUGAUAGAGGAGGUCGACCAGUUGCUUGUUGAUAUUCAAGGAAUGAGGGUUAGAGAAUCCGGCGGAGGCAGAGACAGCGCAACACCGCCGGAAAGACAUCAAAUUCCAGAAGGAAGAAGAGAGGACAGACCAGCUGGCACUUCAAACCAAUACCAAGAACAGCGAAUGGUACCAGCUGGUUAUAGCGGAGCCAGACCCAAGACGGCACAGUCGGGACAACGAUCUUGGACAAGGUAUCUACCAAAUGAUACAAAACGGGAGCCAGAAAGAGUAAGAAAACCAAUCCGUUUAGUGGAGUGUCAUCCAGACGGAACAAGAACGCCAAUUGAUGAAAGACCAGAGGAUUUGGUACUAAACAAAUCAAAUCCAAUAAAUAAACGGAAGGCGGGAAGACCUCCAAAGGACAUUCGGGAUUGGAACGCCAGACAUGGAGCAGAAGAUGGCCCCUCUCCAAGAACUGCGAAAGAGGACUUCUUGAGAAGGCAGUAUCGACGGCAGAUCAUGAGUCUAGAGGCCCAGUUAGCAGGCAAAGAAGAGGGACGUCGGAUGAGGUUAGAGGCGGAGGAAAAAAAAGACAAGCGGUCAAAAUUGAAGAAGACAACUCGGACAAUGCCUCUUUUAAAUCAAUGAGCCCACCAGAAGGUAAACCAUCCCCAAGUUUGAGCCAAAGAACCCUUCUGGCGGAAGCAGCAGAAAGGCGCUGGAAAAUAGAGACCGAGAGACGAGCGCGAGAACAGCACGAAAAGGAACUGCGAGAAGCGGAAAAGAAACGCCAUGAACGAGAAGAAAAGAUCCGCAUAGCAGAAUCGGCAAGAGACAGAAAGAGGGAAGCCGAAGAAGCCUUAAGACGCGCAGAAUGGGAGUUGAAAAUCGCGGAGGAAGAAAUAGAAGCUCCCAGGGAAGUGACUCUUCAGGAGCCAGAAAUAGCCACAAAAAGAACCAGGCAAAUGGAAGAAGAUUCUGAGUCAG